AUAUUGGGGAAAAGAAAGGUAAAAGUUUGCACUGCUACCUAGAUGGACUUAACAAUUGUCUGCAUCUUCUUACUUCAGCAGUGAAUUAUAUUAAUCAACUGAGAAAAGAUAUUGUCCGGAUCCAUGUCUGGGAUUCGGCUAUGGUUGACCUGUGUAAAUGGGAAUGUGAAGUGGGCCAAGAUGAAUUGUUUCCCUUUGAUGUAGCUAAAAAAUGUGAGGAGAUCCACAAGGCAGGGCGGCUGGGUUGGCCGUCGUUCCGCCCUUCCAAGGUACCUGGCAGGCGGUUUACUCCCUCUUCCCGCCCGGCACACCGGUCUUCCCAGGCUUCCUACCAGUCCCGGCACCGCUCCCAGUCCUGGCCUUUUUUAAGCCAGCGCCUUCCUCAGGGGAGGAGGAUGUUUGUCCCAAGGCUCCAGCAGUGAGUUCACCAGUGAGUUCAUGGUUGCCUCCCUUAAUCAGUACUCCUAAUAACUUUAGAGGAGGUAAGAUUUUUUAUGCUAAGCACCUGUGGGGGUCUCUCUCUCAAGAUUCAUGGAUUCUUAACGUGGUGAGAGGGAAAUUUAUAGAAUUUGUAUCCAUACCCUUUCAGGCCAUGCCUCCACGUCCUCUAACUCUGUCUCACACUGAUGCUCAGGCCCUGGAUGCCUUGUGUUGGUUCCUUACUCACUCUAUAGUAGAGCCUUGUGUUCCUGGGGCUCAUGGUUUCUUUUCUAAUGUUUUUCCCAUCAUUAAGCCUACCGGGACAGCGAAAACUGCAGGACAACGGUGCGACAGUUUUGAUGGUUCUCCCUCUAUGGCCGACACAAGUGUAGUUCCCGACGGCCCUUCAGUUAUUGGUAGACGUACCAGUGUUGCUCCCACGCUGUCCUCUUGUUCUCCCUCAGCAGCCAACUCUCACACACCCCCGAGUUCACAAGAUAGUCUUGACAGCGAUGCUGCUCUCCGGACAGCCUUCACACGUCGCGGCAUUUCAUCAGAAGUUACCCAGUUUUUCCUUCAGUCAUGGAGAGCACUAAGGCACAAUAUAGGCCACAUAUCAACAAAUGGUUGCUAUUUUGUCUCAGCAGGACGACUGAUCCUUUCCACCCCCCUAUAGGUGUCCUUUAAGAUUAUCUCUUCUCAGAAUUUAACUGGGAACCAGGCCGUGGGUACAGCACUAUGAACACCAUCCGGUCUGCCAUCUCUGCCAUUGCCAUGAUUGCUGACCGACCUGCGGGCUAGCAUCCUUUGGUUUCUUGGUUUAUGAAGGCAGUUUUUCUACAGCAACCAUCUUUUUCUCAUACACAUGUGACUUGGGACCCUCAACUGGUUUUAGAUUAUAUCUGUAGUCUUGGCUCCAAUGAGGCUUUGUCAAUCCUUCACUUAUCCAGAAAAUUGGUCAUUCUUAUGCUCUUGUUGUCAGGCCAGCAUGGCCAAACCUUACAUUUGCUAGAUAUUCGCAACUUAAGUCUUUCUGAGUCUCAGGCUGUUUUUUGGAUUGGUGAUCUCCUGAAAACUUCUCAUCCAGAGGCCCAUCUCUCAGGCUUAGUAUUUGAAGCAUAUCCACGUGACAGUCGCUUGUGUGUUGUACACACUAUAAAACAUUAUCUUCAUAGAACUAGGCCCAUCCGAGGCGAGCUUAUUGGCUUUUUCUUGACUACACGUCCUCUAGUACGGUUGGUUUCUCGGGACACUUUUAGCCGGUUCCUGAAUUACUUCUUUUUGGUCCGUUAGGCAGCCAACCAAGCAAUUUGUGUCCUGUGCCGUUCCAGAAUGCCUUUUUCCAUCUGUUUUUUGUCCGCUAGUGGACCAAAGAUUGGAACUUUGGUCGAGGGGUUUUGCAAAACAUUGGUCAAGUGUCCGGGCGACCAAAGCUACCGCCUUGUAUUUUAAAUUUCCAAAUGUAAAAAGAAGCUAACUGUAAUUAAAUUUAUUUCAGUCUAUUUACCAUGUCAAAUUUUUUUGAUGGUACAACAAAGCUUUUCUUAUGCUAUAUUGAGCAUACGUUUUAAUUUUUGAAGUCUACUGUAGUCGCCUUGUGAGUUCACGCCAAACAUCAACAACAGCCUAAUCGACUCGUCACAUCUCUACUUCACUGACUAAAUUUGGUAAGUAUAUGAUUAAUCUUGUUAUCUAUAUAUCAUUACAUGAAUUCUUACUUUCUGCUUCUACUAUUAAGAAAGGUAAGUGGACGAAUUAAAAGGCAAAAACUAUAAUAUGGAAGGAGUGGAGUAGACUGAAGCCGAGAUAUAUGUACGUAGCUCAUACCCAGAAAAAAAAAAAACGAUUAAAUAAAUGAAAAUGAUCAUGAGGCUGUAUAUUGAGUAUAUUUGUAGUUUUAAGUUCAAGGCUAUUAAGAGGUGACCGAUGAAACAAUGGAGGAAAGGUAUAAACGGUACCUUGAUGAGCUUGCUGGUAACACUCGAUUCUGUGGUGGUCUACACAUCAGAAGACAUUAUUGAUGGAUUUAUCACACAUUAGUGAAUGGAUCCUAUUAACGAACCUAAUGUAACCUAACCAAACAAACAAUAACCCAGCCAACUUAACCUAACCCACCCAACCUAACCUAACCUAACCAAGGUAACUUAACCAACCUAUUUAUUGUCAUAACUUCUGAAGCAUCAAUUUGCGAUGGAAAAUGUCAAUAUGAAAAAACGGAAAUGUUAGAUUGGCAGAAAUUAAAACAAACCAAACAUAUUUUAACCUAACCUCACCUAUCCCCCACCCAAAUCUAACAUACCUCUACCCUUCAACCAUUCAAAAUGCAGGAAAGAAAAUCGGUAAAAUUGAACCACUCAUCCACUCUUCAGUCUUGCCCUUGUGGGCAGAAGUAUAGGACGAGGAGUAUAUACCGCCAGUGAGUCUGUCACCACCCACAUAUCCAUUAAUUUUUUAAAAAAUCUGUGGUGUCAUUAAUAUAAAUUUGCAGUGGGUAUAAUAUUGGUUUUUCUUGUUCAAAUAAUACCAGGAAAUCAAACCAAACUUAUCCAGACCAAACCGAAGCUAACUUAAACUAACCUAACAUCCUAUCCUUAAUUCACCUAACCUAAUUUAAGAUUCGUUUUUGACGUCCGUGCAUAUCAUAUCAGCCUAGCAAGCUCAUAUCUGCCUUAUUAAGAAUAAUUUUGAUAACUUUUAAACAAAUAGUUCUUAUUGUAUGAUCCCAACCUAUCUUUACUUAACCUUGUCAUAUGUGCUGUACCUAAUGUCUAAGUUCGGGCCCAGGUCUUUGUAGAACUAGCCUGUUUAUGAAUUCUUUAAAUCCUAUUUUGUGGUAUGUCUAGGCCACUCCCCUUUUGGUGGUAAACAACUUCAGUAUGUACCUAUAUGUAUGAUACCGUAAUAUCAUUUGAACAACAAAAGAAAAAGAUAAAAAUGACUUAAGUAAUAUAUGCUGUUAAUAGCUAGGUAUUCUUCAGACCAUUAAAAACUACACUUUUCAGGUACCAUGGCUGCAUUAGAAGAAAUCAUAGAUGAAGAAAUGUAUGAAAUGGAAGAAUUGCGACGAGUGAGGAUUCCAUGCAUUGUACCUAAAGAUCGCAGUGACCCAUUUCAUUAUCUUUCUGGUGAAGAAUUCCUUGAGCGUUUUCGUCUGCCAAAGGAUGCUGUACGAGACCUCAUUGAAGAAGUUAGGCCAUGUACACAUGUGGACAGGCUUGGCACAGGAUAUGGCAUUCCUCUGCAUUUGAAGAUGCUAGUUACCUUGUGGUACCUAGCCACGGGAAGUUUCCUUCUUACGGUAGCUGACAUAAUGGAUAUUGCAAAAUCAUCAGCAUGCAGGGCUGUUGGAGAGGUGGUUCAACUUAUUGCUUUCCUGGCACCAGACUACAUCAAAUUCCCACAGCCAGAAGAAGCACGUCAGAUGGCCUCAAAGUUCUAUGAUAUUGCUGGUAUGCCAGGUGUAUUGGGGUGUAUAGAUUGUACACAUAUUCCAAUACAGAGUCCAGGUGGGAACAACGUUGAGAUGUAUAGAUGUCGAAAAGGUUUUACUCGUUAAAUGUCCAAGGUAUUUGUGAUUCAGAACUCAAAUUUAUGCAUGUUGUCGCAAGUUGGCUUGGCAGCGUACAUGACUCAAGAAUAUUUUCUAAUUGUCGUAUCUGUCAUCUUCCAAGUCGGGAAUAUUUACUGACUCCAUUCCUAGCUCCAAGAACUGAAAAGCAUAGGAGGUAUAAUGUAGCUCAUAUACAAACACGGAACUGUAUUGAGAGGGCAUUCGGUGUACUGAAAAGAAGAUUUGCAUGCUUAAGCAUACCCCUGCGAACCAAACUUCCCAAUACAAAAAGAAUUGUGAUGGCAUGUGCUGUUUUGCUUAACAUUGCUAUUUCAAGAAGAGUGGACAUGUUAGAUGUUGAGGUUGAGGCACAGGAAGUAGUUGAUUUAUUGGAGGAUGAAGAUGAACAUGAACUGGAUGCCACACAAGUUAGGGAAUCAUUAAUUUAAAGAUGGUUCUGAGGGCCAGUUUCAAGAACUUUUCCCUGUGUACCCGGUUGGGCUCCAGUGUAAUAAUACUUUUUCUUUUCUAGUUCUUGCUUGAUAGGAUUAACACUAAGUUUAAAUAAGAAUUUAUAUAAGGUUCCAAAAGGUAAAGAAAGGAAAAGUAUAUAUAAGAUCUUAUGGUGUAUAAUGUAGGUAUUGCAAAGUACAAAUAGUAUGUAAGAAUGAAUAAACUUAACCAUCUACU